AUGGCGGACGCGAAGCUGCUGGUUUCUGAGCUAAACGAGGUGGAGACAAUGGGCCCCGAGACGGCGCGGUUUGAGGAGCUGCUGCUGCAGGCCUCCAAGGAGCUUCAGCAAGCACAGACAAGCAGGCCAGCGUCUACACAGAUCCAGCCUCAGCCUGGUUUCUGCGUCAAGACCAACUCAUCGGAAGGGAAGGUUUUCAUCAACAUCUGCCACUCGCCCUGUAUCCCUCCCCCGGCUGAUGUGACAGAGGACGAGCUGCUGCGAAUGUUGGAGGAGGACCUGGCUGGCUUCCGCAUCCCCAUGAGUCUGGGGGAGCCCCAUGCCGAACUGGAUGCAAAAGGCCAGGGCUGUACUGCCUACGAUGUAGCUGUCAACAGGGACUUCUAUCUCAGACUGCAGAACAGUGAUUUCCUGCGGGAGCUUGUGAUCACCAUUGCCAGGGAGGGUCUUGAGGACAAAUACGGCCUGCAGCUGAAUCCGGAAUGGCGCCUCCUGAAGAAUCGGCCUUUCAUGGGCUCCAUAUCUCAGCAGAACAUCCGCAAGCAGCAGCGUCCUCGCAUCCAGGAGCUAGGGACCCCGUCUCCACCGGGUGGCCCUGUCUCUGAGGGCCUGGAGAAGCCUCAUCUGAACCUCUGGCUGGAAGCCCCUGACCUCCUCUUGGCCGAGAUUGACCUCCCCAAACUGGAUGGAGCCAUGGGGCUGUCCCUGGAGCUCGGGGAGAACCGCCUGGUGGUGGGGGGGCCCCAGCAGCUGUACCACCUGGAUACCUCCAUCCCCCUGCGGAUCAAUGCUGACCAGAGCAAGGCUGCCUUCCACCGGAAGAGGAAGCAACUGAUGGUGGCCAUGCCCCUCUUGUCGGUGCCUUCUUAA